AUGCAUAAGCUGAAAUUUGUCUUCCUCCUAGCUUUGUUAGUCACUAGUGCUAUGGCCAACACUCCUGAGGAUCAGGCUACUAAAGGAUUUAGCGUUUGGAGAUUUAUCGAGCCUAUAACUUGAGGAGUUUGAGAGACAAUGAUCGGAGGAUUCGCAUCUGCCCUUCUAAGUUCCACCUCAAUUAAAGUAUUCGAGAAACUUGUGUCCUAUGUUGUUCAACUGUUCAUGGAUUCUUACCAGGCAGAAAUUAUCAGUGAUGCUUAUGUUCGCGUUGUCAUGGAGAACCUCAAGGUUAAAACUUUUGAGCCUCAUUACCUAUGUGAGAUCCUUCUCCCAGCCUGUGGCAGUAGGGCUCACAAGUAUAAAGUUCAAACAAGGGAAGAAUUUGAAGAAAGAAUCUUGGCUGAUAAACCAGAUUAUAUCCAAGACAAUAACUUUAUUAACAAUCUUUAUGAGGAAAUUGAAUUAGAUGUCCAAGCUGGAAAUGACAGAGAGACUAUCCUGAUGUACCAAUUUUCUGAUCUUCAUUGGAAUAUGGAGUAUACAGAAGGAGCUAGUAAUAACUGUGGUGAGAUCGUAUGCUGCAAGCCAAACCAAAGACCUCCUACAAAAGAAAGCGAGGUGGCAGGAAAGUGGGGAGACUACAAAUGAGAUGCAAAUCCUAAAAUUCUCCCACUCUUGAGGCAUGUUUUUGAUGAAACUGGAGAGCCUGAUUUGAUUAUGUGGACUGGUGAUAACCCCGAUCACUCUAUUGUGAAGGACCCUACCGUGAGUACUAAUGCUACUGUGACAAUUACAAAGAUAAUUGAAGAACAUUCCCCAGAUACUACAAUUUUUCCGAUUCAUGGUAAUCAUGAGUUUGAUCCAAUGAACGUUCAAGACUUUAGUCUUGAGCAAGAUCCUGUUAUCGAAAUUGUCGCUAAUUCUUGGAAGCAUUGGAUGACUAAAGAGGCCAAUGAACAGUACAGAAAACAGACCUUCUACUCCAUGAUGGCUAAUGACCACCCAGAUACAACAGAAGAGUUUAAAAGAAAGAUGGGAAAGACCAGAAUUAUUGGCUAUAAUUCUCAAAAUUGAUAUAUUUAUAAUUUCUUCACUAUUGGUCAGGAGAGCGACCCAAUGCAUCAAUUAGAAUGGCUCGAGAACUUAUUGAGGCAAAUGGAAAUAGAUGGUGAGAUUGCUAUUUUUAUUGGCCAUAUAUCACCAGGAACUUCUGACUGCAUUAGUGAAGUCUCCAGUAGACUCAGGGCUAUUUUUGACAGGUUUCAACAUAUUAUCAGACUUAACCUCUUUGGUCACACCCAUAGAGAGGAAUAUGAAGUUAUUAGAUCAGUGAAAGACAAGAAACCAAUAGGAGUUAACUAUUUAACUCCUUCGAUGACCACUCUAACUGACCAUAAUCCUUCGUUCAGAGUGAUCACUCUUGAUGCAGAGACCAAACUUCCUUUAAAAAUGAAGACUUACACCUUUGAUAUUGUUGAAGCUAAUAAAAAUGAUGCUCAUGCCUUCUUCAAGGAAGACCAUGAGAUGACACAGGAAUACGGAAUGAAGGACCUUAGCCCACAAUCAUUCCUAGACUUAUCAAAGAGAUUCAUGGAUGAAGAAGACCUUAGCUUAAUUUAUAGUAGAAACAUGUUCGCAGGUGGCCCUGGCUCCUUAGUCGGUAAAGGAUGUAACGCUCAUUGCAGAAGACUAUUCUCAUGUCGUACUUCGAACUCAGUGUUCUCAGACUCUAGAAAAUGCAUGCACUGGAGAGACAUGACAGAUGUCUGGGUGCUUGAAAGCUACCUCUUCGAUUUCAUGAAUGGAAGAUGGGUGAGCAAUAACUAA